AUGGUAAAAAAAUCGCUGGAACAGAUCCAACAAGAAGCUAGAGAGUCUGUUCCGUAUCUUGGGAGUGACGAGGAUGCUUCGAAUUUAAAAAAUGCCAAUUUUCCCCCAGAACGCGCGAGUAGCAUAGCUGCUAGUGCGCAGCCAGAAGUCAAGCCGUGGGUACAUUUCGUGGCGGGCGGUGCUGGUGGAAUGGCCGGAGCAAUUGUUACAUGCCCAUUUGAUGUAGUGAAGACCCGGCUGCAAAGCGACGUCUUUCAAAAUGUGUACAAGUUUACCUCUGUGAGCCCCAACAAUUCCUCGAAUUUUAUAGCGAGUGGAGCUCGGCAUUUCAGAGAAACUUUUGGCAUCAUUUCUAAUGUUUACAGACAGGAAGGAUUUAGGAGUUUGUUUAAAGGUCUAGGGCCAAAUCUCGUUGGUGUCAUUCCUGCCAGAAGUAUAAACUUCUUCACCUACGGAACCACUAAGCAAAUUUACUCUCGGGCAUUUAAUAAUGGAGAGGAAGCUCCAUGGAUUCACCUCAUAUCUGCAGCGACGGCUGGUUGGGCAACCUCCACUGCAACGAACCCUAUUUGGCUGAUUAAGACCAGACUACAAUUAGACAAAGCGGGACAAACUAAACAAUACAAAGGUUCGUGGGAUUGUUUAAGACAUAUUUUACAAAGGGAAGGUUUCUUUGGUCUCUAUAAAGGUCUGAGUGCAUCUUAUUUGGGAUCUGUCGAAGGGAUUCUUCAGUGGCUACUGUAUGAACAAAUGAAACAAGUAAUCAAAAUGCGCUCCAUUGAAAAAUUUGGUCAUAUUAGUGAAGGGGAAAAGAGCAAGUCUGAAAAGAUCAAAGAAUGGUGUCAAAGAUCUGGUAGCGCGGGACUCGCAAAAUUUAUGGCUAGCAUAGUGACGUACCCUCAUGAAGUAGUCAGGACGAGACUAAGACAAGCACCUUUGGAGGAUGGGAAGCUCAAAUACACUGGCCUACUUCAAUCGUUUAGAGUCAUCAUAAAAGAAGAAGGACUAGUAUCCAUGUACAGUGGAUUGACACCACAUCUCCUAAGAACGGUACCCAACAGCAUCAUAAUGUUCGGUACUUGGGAACUUAUAAUCAAACUUCUUUCCAACGUUUAA